AUGGCAUAUAAUAAUAAGAUUAUAGUUACCAUCUCUCUUUUGCUCCUUUCCUCGCUUAAAAUCUCUGUCGGUCUCGGGGGAGAAAUCGCGAUAUAUUGGGGCCAAAAUGGGGGUGAGGGCAGCCUGCGCGAAACUUGCGACACCACCAACUACAAUAUCGUCAACAUAGCUUUCUUAAUAGCGUUUGGCAAUGGCUCCACUCCGGUUCUCAACCUAGCUGACCACUGUGAUCAGUGUGAAUUCCUGAGCGACGAGAUCAGAUACUGUAAGAGCAAGGACAUCAAAGUAUUGCUUUCCCUUGAUGGUGGUGGCGGAGACUCUUUCCUUUCCUCCCCUGAUGAUGCCAAGGACGUGGCACAGUAUCUAUGGGACAACUUUCUGGGAGGAGAGUCAGCGUCAAGGCCACUAGGGGAUGAAAGCCUGGACGGAAUCGACUUUUAUAUAGAGGGAGGCGUCAGCAACAAAUACUACGACGUACUGGCCCAGGCCUUGUCGGAAUUGGGUGAAGGGGCGGGACAAAAAGUGUACUUGUCAGCAGUUCCACAAUGUCCAUUCCCUGAUUAUUACUUGCAGGAAGCCAUAAACACCGGCCUUUUCGAUUACGUGUGGGUGAAAUUCUACGACAAUUCUCCCUGUCAGUACAACGGCGAUGCCACCAAUCUUUUGGACUAUUGGAACCGUUACUGGUCAACCAUACCCAACGGAACACUAUAUUUGGGAUUGCCUGCAGCGCCGGAAGUAGCCCCCAGUGGUGGCUACAUUCCGCCUGAUAUCCUUAUUUCUGAUGUUCUCCCGGAGAUCAAGGGUACACCCAUAUACGGAGGCGUAAUGCUCUGGUCUAGAUACUAUGACAUAAUAACAAACUAUAGCUCCCAGAUCAAGCCAUAUGUCUCUAUGCUUACUAAACACCAUAUUACUUCAAAUUUGCCCUCGUCCGCUGAAUACUAA